UUUUGGACAAUUUCAUUCUCCCAACUUUGUGGGAACAGUUUGGGGAUGGACCCUUCCUGUUCCAACAUGACUGCACACCGUCUGUAAUCACUGUUAAUGGUGGUUGUUAUGAUACUAACAGAAACUCUGCAUUUAUUAAGGCCACGUAAGUAUGACUACAUUUUGGCUCCAGGCUUAACAGAUGACCCAGUGACUAAAUUGCACUUCAUGAGGCUGGCAGUUACCUCUUAUAGUAUAUCUAUAGAAUCAGAGGUGGAGUUUAAUGUCUUUAGUGUAAAAUCUAUAUAAAGUACUACUAUAAUAAGUAUAAUUCCAGGUAUAUUGGUUUAUACCUUUAUACUUUCUAUUUUCUGCAUCACCAUCAUUUGUUCUUAUGCACUUUUGCUUUAUUUCCACCCUCUAGUUAAUUUUUCACUCUGAUGAUGUAGAUAAUCACCCCCUUACCUGAGUCACAUGGAGGAUCAAAGUAACCGCUGUUAACAUGGACAACCAUUUAACGCAGCCCACCGUUGUCAAUUCAGAGGCACGUUCCAUCCUAGCGGUCCUGAUAAGAUAUGGCACAAGCUCUGGAGAAAAAACUGUAAUGCCAUCUAGUGGCCAACAUCAGCAAAAACACGUGCUCGUCAAGUGGAGGCUUUCCCCAAUAUGAAUCACCUGUUGAGACAUCUAAUUGGUCAUUAAUGUGACCUUUAAAAAGCAUCAGUUCCCUUUCACAGCAUGCUGUGAUUUAAAUUCUUUGUAAGUACUUGCUUUUUUUUCUUUUUGUCCUUUUUAGCAGCAGUCUGGGUGCUAGGCUUGGGUUUUUAGAACAUUUUAAUUACAUUUUUAAAGCAAAAAAAAGACUUGUGUCUAGAGAAAAUGAAGGAAGAGAUUGCUGCUACGGUUUUCUUUGUGGCGAGACUGGCAAAGAAGCAUGGCAAGCUGGAGCGCUCGUGCCGGGAGAGGUUUGCCGUGGCUUUUACUUCGGUCCUUUUUGAAACGUACAAAAGCCACUGGUACCCGGAAAAGCCAUACAAAGGACAGGCUUUCCGGUGUCUGAGGAUGAACAAGGCCCAGUUGAGGGAUCCUAUAAUUGACCGUUCUUGCAAACAGAGUGGUGUUGACUAUGAUGACCUGGGUUUGCCUAAAGAGAUCACCAUCUGGGUAGAUCCUGGUGAAGUGUCAUGCCGGUAUGGUGAGAGAACCACACCUUUUUGUGUGACUCUGUUGGAGGGGCAAAAAGACAGUGAGUUCUCGCGCAGGAUUAACAAUGCUGUGGAGCGUGCUUCCUCAGACUACCACUCUGGGACGUCUUCAGAUGAAGAAGGUCCUAACAGCAGCAUGAUCAGCAGCAGUAGCAGUGGCAGCAGUACACGAUCUGUGCCAAAGCCCAAGUGCAUCCCUACUGUGUCCAAUCCCAACAGUGUUUAUCAGUUCGGUGAAUUUGUCUAUCCGAAAAGGAAGCCUCAUCCUGGUGAUGGCUAUCAGCAGCAUUCAAAUGGUCCAUACCCUCAACACAAUGGCUUCAAAAACUACAGACCAUCUUAUGCCUUCUCUGGUCCACGGGUGGACAAAUACCAUUGGGUUAGCAAGAGCCGCUCAUGAGAAUUGAGCUUUGAGCUGUUCUGGUGUGUCACUGUUUAGUUGGUGUGCAGCCUUGAUGGCUGUUUUUUUCAAUGUUAAUACUUCAAAGGAAUUAUUUAUGAAAAUCUAUUGCUAAUUGCCAUUAAUGGCAUGUUUGUUUUUUUUUA